UGGCCCUCCUCCGCCUGCUCCUGCUGCCCCUCGCCCCGGCAGCCGAGCCGGGCAGCCGCCGCGCCCCCUCUCCGGGUACAGCGGAGCCUUCCUUUAUUGCGAAAAGUGAAGACCGUUUGUUCAAGCACUUAUUUGAAGACUAUGAAAGAUGGGUCCGCCCCGUGGAACGCUUGAACGAUACCAUCAAAGUGAAGUUUGGCCUUGCCAUUUCCCAGCUGGUGGAUGUGGAUGAGAAAAACCAGCUGAUGACGACAAAUGUUUGGCUGAAGCAGGAGUGGGUUGAUGUGAAACUGAAAUGGGACCCUAAAGACUAUGCAGGAAUAACAUCUAUCCGUGUCCCUUCGGAGUCUAUAUGGAUUCCAGAUAUAGUUUUAUAUGACAAUGCAGAUGGUCGUUUCGAAGGCACAUCGACCAAGACUGUAGUGAAACACGAUGGCACUAUUGCUUGGACUCCACCUGCAAAUUACAAAAGCUCCUGUACCAUCGACGUCACUUAUUUUCCAUUUGACCUUCAAAACUGCUCCAUGAAAUUUGGCUCCUGGACGUACGAUGGCUCACAAGUGGAUAUCAUACUAGUGGAUGAUGAAGUUGACAAGAGAGACUUCUUUGAUAAUGGAGAAUGGGAAAUAGUAACUGCGACUGGGGUCAGAAGGAACAGGACGGACGGGUGUUGCUGGUACCCAUUUAUCACAUACUCAUUUAUCAUCAGACGCUUGCCUCUUUUUUAUACCCUAUUCCUCAUUAUUCCCUGUAUAGGGUUGUCUUUCUUAACUAUCCUCGUCUUCUACCUUCCAUCUUACGAAGGCGAGAAAAUUUCUCUGUGCACUUCAGUGCUGGUGUCCUUGACAGUCUUUCUUCUUGUUAUCGAAGAGAUCAUACCGUCAUCAUCUAAAGUUAUUCCACUUAUCGGCGAGUAUUUGGUGUUCACAAUGAUUUUUGUGACUUUAUCCAUCGUGAUCACUGUAUUCGCUAUUAACGUUCACCACCGAUCCUCGUCUACACACACUGCAAUGGCGCCUUGGGUCCGCAAAAUAUUUCUUCAUCAACUCCCCAAACUGCUUUGUAUGAGAAGCCACAUAGAUCGGUAUUGUACUCCGAAAGAGGAAACCGAUAAUCCCGAUGGAUCAGAGGCCUCGAGGAAUACCUUGGAAGCAGCCUUAAAUUCUAUCCGCUACAUUACGAGGCACAUUGUCAAGGAGAAUGAAGUACAUGAGGUGGUUGAAGACUGGAAAUUUAUAGCUCAGGUCCUUGACCGCAUGUUCUUAUGGACAUUUCUUCUCGUUUCAAUUAUUGGAUCUCUGGCACUAUUUAUUCCUGUAAUUCAUAAAUGGGCAAGCAUAAUAGUACCAGUCCACAUUGGGAACACAAACACAUAAGAUGUGUGUGGCUAGAGGCCGAGAGAAACCAGUCUUUCUAUGAAUGUUAAUCAUAAUUUGACCACUACUUGUAUCUUUAGCACAAUUUAACAUAGAACGAUGAAAUCUUUGCAAAGAACCGGUUGGGAGGGGGAGGGGGGAUUGUGCUUAUAUUUAAACCUCAGGCAUCUAAGGACACGGGCAGAACAUUCUUCUUGGCUCUUAGCUCAUCAUUUUUCCUAAUAAUAAGUCAGGACUGACCAGUGAGGCGUCACGGACUUGAUGAGUCCUCAAGUCAGCAGAAUGCACGAGGGGCCGUGCAGAGAGCUUCGCUGAGGGUUGGAGUACAAUAUAGAACAUUCCAGGUAUUUAGAGCACAUUUGUAAGUCUUAGCAACCCUUGUAGAAGCCUCGCACCAUGGGACAGCCUUAGGAUCCUCAUGCUGCAGAGGCGGGGCUGAGCACAGCGCCCUCUUUAAAAGCCACCUGGUACAUUUAUGCUUGAAGUCUGAUUGACAGAGGGGGCUGUCUUGCUCACAAC